GCUAGCGGAGCAAACGUUGGGUCGGAUGCACACAUUGAAUGAAAGUCGGUGUAGCAGGCUGUGGCCAGCAGUGACUGAGAAUAUCUGCACUCAGUAAAGUUACCUUACAGCGGACGGUCACCUGGUGAGACUGUAUCAGCACAGGCAAGCUCACACAUUGGCAGAAGACGGGUUGAAGACAUUUGUUGAAGGGGAAGGACCGGGCUGUGUGUGGCGAUGCAGCGGGUCACGGCGCAGCUCCUCGUCGGGCUGGUCGCAGCGGUGCUGUCGCUGCUGGCAGAGCAGUGUUGGGCGGACGGCGGGGGCCCCAGUCUCGCUGAACGGGUAAUCUGGGCUGUGAACGCCGGGGGUGAAGCACAUGUAGACGUGCACGGUAUUCACUUCAAAAAGGACCCACUGGAAGGAAAGGUUGGCAAAGCAUCUGAUUAUGGAGUGCGUCUGCCAAUACUGCGCUCCAGUCCAGAAGACCAGAUCCUGUAUCAGACAGAGCGCUACAACGAGGACUCUUUUGGAUACGAUAUUCCCAUUCGUGAGGAAGGAGACUACAUACUAGUUAUGAAGUAUGCAGAGGUUUAUUUCGCCCAGUCACAGCAAAAGGUGUUUGACGUCCGUCUAAACGGUCACGUGGUGGUGAAGGACCUGGAUAUCUUUGAUCGGGUGGGCCACAGUACGGCUCACGAUGAGAUCGUCCCGUUCUCUAUUCGACGUGGCAAGCUGAGUGUGCAGGGAGAGGUGUCCACUUUCAACGGCAAGCUCACUGUGGAGUUUGUAAAGGGUUAUUAUGACAACCCCAAAGUCUGCGCCCUCUAUGUCAUGAAGGGGACAUCAGAAGAUGUGCCAAAACUUCAGCCUCACCCCGGUUUGGAGAAGCACGAGGACGAGGAGGAGGAAGAGGAGGAUAGUGAGGGAGGCGAGGAAGGUGGGAAGAAAAAGGUCCCAGCAGGUUCCAAGUACAGGGUCCAGUCAGGCCCCAGAACACCGAACCCGUACGCAGCCGACAACAGCAGCCUGAUGUUUCCCAUCCUGGUGGCGUUUGGGGUGUUCAUCCCGACGCUGUUCUGCCUCUGUCGGCUGUGAGCCGCCACCGCCGAGACGUCAAACAGACAGGACUAUGAAGAGAGGGGGAGGGAGGGGGAGAGGG